AUAUAUAGAUAGCUCAUAUCUCUUCACUGUAUAAUACAAACCAUUCAGUGAAAAAUGGCAGCCAUGAACAAUAUGCUCAUGAUGUUAAUGGUGGCUGCAAUUUUGUUUUGUAGCCACCAACAAGUGGCCACGGCGAGAGAAGUGGUUGUGGCAGAUGACAGGAAUGAGUUACAACUGCUUUGGCCAUGGGAAAUUCCCUGUUAUCUGACAUGGCCAUUUCCGUGGCCACCACCACCGCCAUGGCCAUGCCCUCCUCCACGACCACGUCCACGUCCACGUCCACGACCAUGCCCUAGCCCUCCUCCACCACCACGGCCACGACCAUGCCCUAGCCCUCCUCCGCCACCACAACCACGACCACGACCAUCUCCUCCACCACCUCCACCACCAUCCCCACCCCCUCCCGCCCCGAGUUCGAGCUGCUCGGCUAGUGACCAAGCAAAGGUUAAGAAGUGCAUGUUCAACACACCUAAAAUUGAUGAAUGCUGCCCAACAUUCAAGAGCAUACUUGGAACUAGUUGCCCUUGCUAUAAAUAUGCAGAGGAUUUGGAUAAUCAAGUGUUAAUCACUCUUGAAGCUUAUUGUGAUGUUGAUAGCCCUUGCAAGGGUGUUCAAGUGAUUAAGAUGUCCAAGGAGGAGGAGGAGGAAAAGUAAAAAUAAAGUUUUAAUGUUUAAUUCCAGAUCAUGUAUUAGUAGAUGAUUUGCUAUUAAUUAUCCUUUAUGUUGAAAGUCUCUAUGUAAUGUUUUAAGUCUUCCUUGGGUUUCAGCAAUAAUUUGGCAUAUCUGUCAAAAAUCCUAAUUAGUACUAAUGAUAAAAAUAUUAUAAUACAUAAAAUCUCUCAUCUUGUAGUGUCCGUUCGUCAAA